UCCAACAUCCGAGCCACACAGGUUUUAGGCAGGGUUAACAGUAAAGUGUAAGUUUUUGCAUUUGUCAAAGUAUUGAUUUUUUACAACGUCAAAUAAAGUAUUAAUUUUAAACGUCAAACAACGUAUCAACCCUGUCAAAUAGCGUGCCAACUCACUGUGCUAAGGUCAACGUCUAUCAUAGUAUUUCAAAAUGCCAAAAUUUCCUGGCCAACCUGGGCGACAAGCCGCCUGGGAUUCAGCCCAACUUUUCUUUGAAGAUAUCAAGCAACAAAUAACGCAAUUAGAGAAUAGACGCACCGAAAAAAUGAAGGAAGUGCAGAAAAUCAAUGACGAUACAAGGUGGACGCAGGAAGACGAGAUCAAGGCUUUGGAAGAGUUUGGUAGAAAUCAUAAGGUCGCGGCAGUGACCACUUUGGCGGGAGGUGGCCCCAAUAUUGCGGGUGGGUCCACCUGGGCGGGAGUGGGCCCCAGCAUUGCGGGACCUGGCGGAAGCCAGGUCGGAGUUUUCAUUGGAAACACCAAUAAUAUAAGUGUAUUAGAGGACCAUACAUUCGCUCUACAUGCUAUGCCACUUCCCCCACCAACCUAUUUUCCAGACUUCUGUCCUACUGGCUGCGCUUGCCGCCUACAUACUGUGGGUUGCGAUCAUUGCAAACAGUUUUCGCGCAUCGGUCAAUAAAUGCCAUAUCGUAAAAAAUUUCAAAUAUCGCUACCUCACCUAAAUUUUCUACAGCGUCCAAUUCAAGUCUAAUUGAAUUUGCAACGCCCUUUUUGAACAGAUUCAGGCUAAUAAUUAUAAAAUAGAUUAUGUACUUAUGCACAGAGGGGUUGUGAGAUCCCUUCAACCUGUCAGGGUUCAGUUCGGAAAUAAUUUUGUGGAUGCUUUGACACCACUCGUAUUUCAGAAAUUUUGCGCAAUACAAACCGCUUCGUUACUCGUGCUUAAGUAUAAAUUGUAAUGCAGUACAUAGAACUAGAAUUACGCAAAAAAUACAAAAGAAAUUGAAAAAAUAUCUACUGCCAUCUGGUGAUGACAACAUGUUGUCCUCAUGACAUUCUCUUGUAAUAGUUUGUGACGGUUAGGUGAUAAUUGAUUGGUUUACUGCAUAUGUACAUAAAAAAAUUAAUAACAUUAAUAAGAAGUGCAUAAUGAAUAAAUAUUUAUUUUAAAAUUUUGAA